ACUUCGUGCAGUGACCUCGUCUUUCAGUGAUUUCUUCUUUAAUUACUCUUUUAUUUUGCGUUGCCAUUUGUUUAUUUUCUUGAGAGAUGAGUAAGAGAUUCACAGUCACCUCGAUCCGUGGAGAAGACGAAGUGACAUUGGCUCAAAGCAACAUCACAGAGACAAGGAAAGGAGGCAGUGUUUCGAAUGAGAAUGAACCACCAGACACAGCAGAGUACAGAGACCAUUCUCUCCUGACUAUACUGGAAGUUCCAAAGCCAGGAGAUGGAAACCCCAAGGAGAGCAGUCCCUUCAUUAAUAGCACAGAAGUCGAAAAAGGAAAAGAGUAUGAUGGAAAAAACAUGGCUCUUUUUGAGGAGGAAAUGGACACCAGCCCAAUGGUAUCAUCCCUUCUCAGUGGACUAGCCAAUUACACCAAUCUUCCUCAGGGUGUCAAAGAACAUGAAGAGGCUGAAAAUAAUGAGGGGACCAAAAAGAAGCAAGUCAAGGCAACACGGAUGGGUACAAUCAUGGGAGUCUACUUCCCCUGCCUGCAGAAUAUUUUUGGAGUCAUAUUGUUCUUGCGCCUCACAUGGGUUGUAGGAAUUGCUGGAAUCGUGGAAUCUUUCUUCAUCGUCAUGUUGUGCUGCUCCUGUACUAUGUUAACAGCAAUCUCGAUGAGUGCAAUUGCUACCAAUGGUGUUGUACCAGCUGGUGGGUCCUACUACAUGAUCUCCCGCUCACUGGGUCCAGAAUUCGGAGGUGCCGUGGGCCUCUGUUUCUACCUGGGAACAACCUUUGCUGGUGCUAUGUAUAUCCUGGGUACCAUUGAAAUCCUGUUGACCUACAUUUUGCCCAGCAUGGCAAUUUUCAAAGCAGAGGAAGCCAGUGAGGAGACAGCAGCCAUGUUGAAUAACAUGCGCGUGUAUGGAACGUGUGUCCUCACCUGCAUGGCUCUUGUAGUCUUUGUAGGAGUCAAAUACGUCAACAAGUUUGCACUAGUGUUCCUGGUUUGUGUCAUCUUAUCCAUUCUUUCCAUUUAUGCCGGAGUAAUCAAAUCUGCAAUUGAUCCACCAAACUUCCCUGUCUGUAUUCUAGGGAACAGGACGUUGUCACGGCACAGUUUUGAUGUAUGCGCUAAGGUGAUAACUGUGGCCAAUGAAACAGUGACCACCAAGCUUUGGCAGCUCUUCUGCACGUCUAGUUUUGUCAACGCCACCUGCGAUGAAUACUUUGAGAACAACAAUGUCACUGAACUUCAAGGGAUCCCUGGAGUCGCCAGUGGACUUCUCAUGGAAAACCUGUGGGCGAAUUACCUGGCUAAAGGAGUGAUUGUGGAGCAUGGUGGCUUGCCAUCUGUGACCAGUUCAGUGUCAACAGUCAGCUUGGAUCAGCCUUACGUUUUUACUGACAUGACAUCCUACUUCACUCUGCUGGUUGGCAUCUACUUCCCUUCAGUAACUGGAAUUAUGGCUGGUUCUAAUAGAUCAGGAGACCUCAGGGAUGCCCAGAAGUCUAUUCCAAUUGGUACAAUCAUGGCAAUUGCAACAACAUCUGCAGUCUAUGUAUCAACAAUCAUUCUCUUUGGGGCAUGUAUUGAAGGUGUGGUACUCAGAGACAAAUUCGGAGAGGCUGUCAAUGGAAAUCUUGUGAUUGGAACAUUGUCGUGGCCAUCUCCGUGGGUUAUUGUCAUUGGUUCAUUCUUCUCCACGUGUGGCGCUGGUCUUCAGAGUUUGACAGGUGCCCCUCGCCUCCUGCAGGCCAUCUCAAGAGACGGUAUUGUACCUUUCUUACGGGUGUUUGGUCAUGGAAAAGCAAAUGGUGAACCCACCUGGGCCCUGUUACUGACAGCAUGUAUCUGCGAAACCGGAAUCCUUAUUGCCUCUUUGGAUGAGGUGGCACCCAUUCUCUCCAUGUUUUUCUUAAUGUGCUACAUGUUUGUGAACCUAGCCUGUGCUCUACAGACACUACUCCGAACCCCAAACUGGAGACCCAGAUUCAAAUAUUACCAUUGGACUAUGUCAUUCCUGGGAAUGAGCCUGUGCCUGUCCUUGAUGUUUAUUUGUUCCUGGUACUAUGCUAUAGUGGCCAUGGUAAUUGCAGGACUUAUCUACAAAUACAUUGAGUUCAAUGGAGCUGAAAAAGAAUGGGGAGAUGGAAUCCGUGGUCUGUCCCUCAGUGCAGCCCGGUAUGCUCUGCUCAGGCUUGAAGAAGGUCCUCCUCACACCAAGAACUGGAGGCCUCAGCUUCUGGUACUUGUAAAGGUGGACGAAGACCAGAAUGUAAAACAUCCACAGCUUCUAACUUUCACUUGCCAACUAAAGGCUGGGAAAGGGCUCACCAUUGUGGGCACAGUGUUGGAGGGCAGCUUCCUGGAGAAUCACACACAGGCCCAACGGGCUGAAGAGUCGGUCAAACGUCUCAUGGAAGUGGAAAAGGUGAAAGGGUUCUGUCAAGCCGUUGUAUCAUCCAACCUGCGUGAUGGCAUGUCGCAUCUCAUCCAGUCAUGUGGUCUGGGAGGAAUGCAGCACAACACUGUACUGAUGGGCUGGCCAAGGGCCUGGAGGCAAUCUGACGAUCCAAGAACAUGGAAAAAUAUAAUUGAAGUGGUUCGAGAAACAACAGCAGGACGUUUGGCUCUUCUGGUGGCUAAGAACAUCACUGCAUUUCCAUCAAACCAGGAGAGGUAUUCUGAGGGUUACAUUGAUGUCUGGUGGAUUGUUCAUGAUGGAGGAAUGCUGAUGCUCCUGCCUUUCCUCCUCAGGCAGCAUAAGGUGUGGAGGAAAUGCAAGAUGCGCAUUUUCACAGUGGCCCAGUUGGAAGAUAACAGCAUUCAGAUGAAGAAGGACCUCACAGUGUUUCUCUAUCACCUGCGAAUUGUAGCUGAGGUGGAAGUUGUCGAGAUGCAUGACAGUGAUAUCUCAGCCUACACUUAUGAACGAACGCUGAUGAUGGAGCAGCGGUCACAAAUUCUAAAGGAAAUGCACCUAACAAAGAAUGAGAGAGAGCGUGAGAUUCAAAGCAUCACAGAUGAAUCACGUGGUUCCAUUCGUCGUAAACAUCCCACAAAGGCCAAGCUACGCUUGAGCAGCCAGGACGAGCAGGAAGGAGUGGCUGUUGAGAAACCCGAGGAGGAGGUUCAAUUGAUUCACGACAAAACUGCUUCUACUCAGUCGAUCGCGUCUCAGUCACCUGCUGAGGAAAUCAGCACGCCCGGAGAGAAAGUUCAUAUGACUUGGACUAAAGAAAAAUUAGCCGGAGACAAAAACAAAAACAAGGGGCCAGUCACACCAGAGGAAAUCCGGGAUCUUUUCAGUAUGAAACCUGAAUGGGAAAAUCUAAAUCAGUCAAAUGUCCGACGGAUGCACACGGCAGUCAAGCUGAAUGAAGUCAUCGUGAAAAAGUCCCAAGACGCUAAGCUGGUCCUGCUGAACAUGCCAGGACCUCCGAAAAACCGGAAUGGAGAUGAAAACUACAUGGAAUUCCUGGAGGUGUUGACAGAAGGUCUGGACCGGGUGCUGUUGGUUCGUGGCGGGGGCCGUGAAGUCAUCACCAUUUACUCCUGAGCUCCAGACUGCUGCCAAAAUUUGCGCAAUGAACCCAUCACAGCUUUCUAUCGGCAACUCCCAGUCUCUUCUCAAUGUGUAGUGUUUGACAUGCAGCUAAAAAAGACUUCCUUUCCAGCUCCUGGUAACAGUUUUUGUAAAAUAUUUCCCUUUGAUGACAGGAUAGGAAGGAGCACUGAACAGAUAAGGAAGGGGAAUGCUCACCUACAUAGCUUCUUGUCUUAAAUAACUUUGCUUAUUGUUGUCCUUUCUAUGCUUCAUGUUUCCUAGGAAUUCUUCAUUCAGGUUGCAAUAUUAGAAAACAUUUAGGGUCACUGAACACUUUUAAAACUAUCAUUAGUGUACAUGGACACUCUGUAGGUGUAAGGAACCAGUUAUAGGGUGUACAGCUAUUACUAAAAUCAGAAGCAUUUGCAUGAAUGGACAAAAUCUUUCUGAAAAAAAAUUACAAUUAAACCCUUUGUACAUUGUGACCAGAUUAUUCCAUGGCCCCAGCUGUAAGGAUACAAACAGAAUAAUCCACCAGUUUUGGUACUCCUAUACUUCACAAUAGAACAUCAUGGCAAGAAUUGACUUGCAUGCAUCUGUGAUGCAGCCUUGUUAAUCUGCAAAUAUUCAAACUGGUUUUAUGGAUUGGUUUUUAUCCAAGUCAAGGUUGAUCUGUUCAAAGUGGGUUCUGUUUCCAAAGGGAACCGGGGCAAAUAAAAGCAGAAAAAUAACUCUAUUUUUUUUCGGUAAGGGGUGGGAGGGUAAUGGGUAUUGAAGAAAUGAUGUAAAAUAGACUAUGGUAUAUUAGAUACAAAUAAAGUAAAAAUAAAAUAAAACAUAAUAUGGGGAACAAAAACUAGGGUUAGCAGAUGUAAUGUUCAAAAUGCUUUAUUUUUAUUUCACUAUGUUAGUGUUCAUUUUGGUUGUACAGAUUAGUAAUACAAUAAUAACCCUACUCCUAAUGUGUAAGUAACUGUAACAUUUGUGGCUUGUUUCAGUGAGACAAUAGUUCCCCAUUGAUCUACAGAUUAAUUGGACUCGUUAAAUAGAGGUGAAAAUGCUCCAAUCAUUAUUGUUACACACAUCAUACUUUGGUGUGUAUUCUCUAAUAAAUAUUGCUUCAGAACACAAGUUUUGUAGCAUGCAUUUCAAAAUAUCAACCAAUAAAAUUAGCAUCCUUUUUAACAUACUUAGACUUCUUAAAGAAGUGGUAAUUACUUUUUGUCUGCAGGAAAUGAAGGCGAAAGAUAAUUAUGAGCAAUAUUAAUAUAUUUUCACAGAUAAACAUUUUUCACUGACCCUAAAAAUAAAGAAAUAUUCAAUUAUUGCAGGUUGUGUACAUACAGUUGUUUUCUAACUAAACUAUAAAUAGCAAAUUACUGUAAGCUGCAAUAAGGGCUGUGCGAUAGUACUCAAAUUGCUGUGUGAACCUAAGGAACUUAUAAAGCAAUCAUUGAUUACAAGAUUCUGAAAUUAAACAUUUCCACAAGGAAAAUCUUUGUAUUAAGUAAUAACCCUGCAAUGCAUAUGAUUAGCAUAUGUCAUGUACCGUAUUGUAGACAUAUUUAAUUUCUCAUUUUUCUUUCCAUAACAUAUCAACAUGAUUAUUCGUAUUUUGGAGUUGUGUCAAAUGUAUGACUAAUUAACUGAAAUAAUUUUAAAAAUUUAAAUGACAGCAUAUCAGAUGAAAUGAUGGCUUUGGUGGCUUGCUCACAAAAAUUAAAAAGUUGUGUCUUGUUAGCAUUUCCCUUUGAUAA